AUGCAAGUUCAUACAGAUAAAAGUCCUGUUAUUCGAACAACUAAAUCAAGAGUGACAGUUUCACCUAAUUCGAUUAAGUCUAUUCCUAUUACACAUAAGGUGAUUAAUCGUAUAAUGGUUCCUAUUUACUUAAGAGAGUAAUAAUAAUAACAAUAACAAUAACAAUAAAGUCAAAAUCCAGAUGUGAUAAGAUUGUAAUAGGAAUUAGAAAUGUGGAUUUAGAGAUAUAGAGAAUUAGAACAACUCUAUUAAGGACAUAAGAACCAUCUAGUUAUUGUAUAUAAAAUGAUUAUGCCAAGAUUACUUAAUAUUAAGAGCGUAUUGAUAUGUUAGUUCAAGAGAAUCAUCAAAUGUCUCUGAUUUUGGAAGCACGUAUUCAAGAAGUGUAAUAAUGGGAGAGAAGUUACUAUGAGUUGUAAUAAUAAUUGUAGUAUACAUAAACCAAUAGAGAAUCUGAAUUUCAAAUUCAAAUUAAUUAAUACUCUAAUGUUAUUACCAAUUAUGAAAAGAAUAUUAAUGAAUUAAAAACCACUUUAUAAUUGAACUAAUAAGAAGUCUUAUAAUGGAGAGAGCGUUGUGAUUAUUUGUAAAAGGAAUAAGAGAAAUUGAGAUAAUAUUACGAAAAUCAACGUUAAUAAGAUGCUGAAAUGCUCAUUUAGAGUGCAGAUCAAUAACGUUAAUAAAAUGAAAAUGAAGUUUAUAAACUAAGAAAUUAAUUGGAUAUGAGAAUGAAAGAACUUGAAUAAUUUAAGUAAUAGAAUCAUCAAUUAGAAUAAACAUUAAUAGAAGUAGGAUCUAGUUAAUAAAAUUAUGAAACUAAAUUAUUAUUAUUGACUUAAGAGAUUGAAAAUAGUAAUGAUGUAUUCUAAAAAAAGGUUUAACAUUUUGAAUAAACAAAAAAAAGAAAUUAAGAAUUAGAAUAAGAGAAUUAGAUAUUAAGAGAAUAAUAUGAUUAAUUUGCUUAAUAGUUAGAUUUUUAUAGAUAGAAAUAUGAGUAGGAGGUUUUGAACUAAAGGAAACAAGAGAGUUCUAAAUUGGAUAGAGAAAGAACACUAUCAGAAGAAAUGAAAAGAAUUCAAUAAUAAAUUGAAGAGAGAGAUAGAAGAAUCAAAUAAUUAGAAGUCUAAAUUUAAGCAAAUUCUUAAUAUCAAUCAUAAUUAAUUUAAUUGGAAGACAAAUGUUAAUUAUAUUAAUAGGAGAUUGAGAGAUUGAAUGGGUAAGUUAGAUAGAAAGAAUAAUAAAUAUAAUAAAUGUAAUUACAUAAUGAGUAAGUUUAAUAAAAACAUUAUAAAAAUGAAAAUACUUUAAUAAAAAUUUAAAAUGAUUAUUAAUAAUUAAUCAUAUAAUAAACAACCUAUUAAAAUAAUAUAGAAUAAAUGUAAAGAGUUAAAAUGUAAUUGGAAGAGAGAGUUAUUUUAUUGGGUAGUGAAAUUGAAAGAUUAAAUGAUAUAUAAAAAUAAUUAAUGAAUGAACUAGAUUAGAAUGUAAGGACAAGAAGAAAUGAGAAUGAAACACUCAAUACAGAAAGAUAAAAAUAUUCACUUAUUAUUGAAUAAUAAUCUAGAGAAUUAUAAGAAUAUAAAUUAAAAUUUAAUUAAAUUGAAUUAAUUAGAAGUCAAUCAGAAUAAUUAAAGUCAGAUAAUGAUAGAUUAAAUUAAUUAUUAAGACAUUUAUAAAAUGAAAAUGAAUAAUGGAGAUAAAAUUAUAAUAAAUUGGAAGAUUAAUUAUAAUAAGAUUAUGAAACUAAAAUUAUUAUGUUAUCAUAAGAAAUAGAAAGAUUAUCUAUUUUGAUAAAUGAAAGAAGUACUGAAAUGGAAACAAAUAGAAGAAAAGUUACUAUUUUAGAAGAAGAAUUAAAUAAGAAAAGAUAUAGUUAAGAUGAAAAAUUGGCUAUGCUUACAAGUGAAAUUGAGAGAUUGAAUCUGUUAAAUCUAUCUUAUUCUGAACAAAUUGAAAUGUUAAAAACUAAGUUAAUUAAAUAGGAUUCUUCAGAUCUUUUAUUAUUAAGAGAAAAAAAUUUAUAUUUAAAUUAAGAAAUUGAACGUUUAUAAAAUUUAGUUGAAGAUUUAAAUAAAGAAUUAGAAAUCUAUAGGUAUUUAUAUAUAUAUAAAUAGACUUAAAUAUGCUGAUUAAUUUGGAGUUGGAUCAAAGUAUGAAGAAUUACUUCUCUAUUUAUCUUUGUAUAAAGUAGAAAUUGAAAGUUUACGUGCAUAAUUGACUGAUAAAGAAAAGGAAGUCAAUGAUAUGCGUAGAUCAUAAUUGGCUCCUUAUAGAAGAUGA